UAAGAUUAGUAAAAAUGAAAUUUGCUGAAUAUCUUGGGGCUCAUCUCACACCCGAGUGGAGAAGUCAAUAUGUUCAGUAUGAAGAAAUGAAAAAGUUUAUUUACGAAGCAAGUUCAUCCGCACCACCUAUGACUGAUCCUGCAGACGAAUCUUGGAAAAGUCAUUUUGAAAAACAUGAUCUCAAUUUUUUUGAAUUUUGUGACUCUGAGCUUGCUAGAGUGAACACUUUUUUUUCUGAAAAAUUAUCGGAGGCAAUUCGUAAAUUUACAAAUUUAUAAUUACAAAUGGUUAAUGCAGGAGUACCAAGUGUUCGUUGUGCUGCGAACAGCACUCUUAUUGUGAGAAAAAAAGAUGGUUCCGAGGCACAUUUUGGUUCUUCAGCUAAACCAAAGGCUCAGGUUCUCACAAAUAAAAAACUAAAAGAAAUGAAGUUUGUGGUCAGCGAAUUUUAUCUCAGCUUGGUUCUUAUUCAAAAUUUUCAGCAACUUAAUUUCACUGCCUUUCGAAAAAUUUUAAAGAAACAUGACAAGGUCUUUAAAACUAGUUCUGGAGCAGAUUACAGAAUAGCAAAUGUUGAAUCUUCUUUGUUUUACACCAACACACAAAUAAAUACUCUUAUUCUAGAUACAGAGUCAAUUGCAAUUGACGGUUUAGAAGGUGGAAAUCGUACAAAAGCGAUGAACAGACUUCGAGUUUUACCUUUAUCUGUGAAGCAAAGCGAGACAAUAUCAUUCUUUUGGGGUUUUUUUACUGGAUUGUUCCUGAUUUUACUUGUAGUUGUAGGAAUAACAGCAUAUUACAAAGGUCCACAUUUAGUUUGGUUACCUGCGUUACGAAUGUAUCGCGGUAUUUUGAUUUUAUAUGUUAUGAUUGGUUUACUUGGAAUAAAUGUGCGUGGUUGGGGUCGUGCCGGUGUAAAUCAUGUCCUCAUUUUUGAACUGGAUCCUCGUCAUCAUUUAUCGUAUACGGAAUACCUAUUGAUAGCAUCAGUUUUCGGAACUUUGUGGUGCCUCAGCUGUUUGGCUUUUCUCUUCAGUAACAAUUUCAAAAUAUCUAUUUAUGUGCAUCCUUUAAUAUUGGCUGCUUUCACCUUGUUAUACCUUUUAAAUCCAACAAAGACCUUUCAAUACAAGUCUCGUCGGUGGCUACUAAAAGUUCUGUUUAGAAUUGCUGUUGCACCUUUUAAGAGCGUUUGUUUUGCUGACUUUUGGCUUGCAGAUCAGUUAAACAGUUUAGUUAUACCUUUGCUGGAUAUACAGUAUUUGAUUUGUUUUUAUAUAAACGAUUGGUACAUACUUCCAGAUUCUGGUCAAUGUACAUCAACAAAAUACGGUAUCCGGCCUAUUAUUGCAUUAUUGCCGGCCUGGUUUCGACUUGCGCAGUGCUUACGUCGUUACAGAGACUCAAAAGUCAAAAAAGUGUUUCCUCAUUUGGUCAACGCUGGAAAAUAUUCUACUUCUAUGUUUGUAACAAUACUUUCAACUGUAACGUCGGUAAAAAACGAGGCAUUAAUGGGUCACCGCAGUUGGUUGUUUUAUGUUUGGGUCACUUCAUUGCUUAUAAGCACAAUAUAUACAUUAUUCUGGGACCUGAAAAUGGAUUGGGGUUUAUUUGCAAAAGAUGCUGGUGAAAAUCGUUUCUUAAGAGGACAUAUUGUUUAUGAUUAUAAGAUAUUUUAUUACAUGGCAAUGUUUGGUGACGUUUUGCUUCGCUUUAUGUGGACGUUAACUGUAUCCGUAGGCAAUUCCGGUUUUCUGUUUAGCGAAUUUUUUACUUUGUUUAUCGCCCUGGUAGAAGUUUUCAGGCGUUUUGUUUGGAACUUUUUUCGAUUAGAAAACGAACACUUGAAUAACGUUGGAGAGUUUAGAGCAGUUCGCGAUAUCAAUAUUAAACCUAUUCAUAAGCAGAAGAACGCAUCUUCUUUAACACUCGAAGAAAUAAUAGACCUUGAAAAUGGUCUUUCAAAAGGAGUUUAAAACUUAAAGCAAAUAAUUUUUAAAACUUUUUACAUAUAUAUGUUUUUAAUAUUUUUGACGGCAA